AUGUCUACCACCAUCCUUUGCAACACUCUCUUUUACUUCUUCGGCCUCGAGCUUAUGGUCCACGACCUCCAGCGCCUCAGUCACUUCGGCAUCCGGCCUCUAUCCCUUGUGGAGUUGUUGUUCUGCGAUUCUGACUCGUCUUUCAUUAUCUCUUUUUAUAUCGUCGUGUCCGUCGUCCUCUUCUACACGGCCCGGGCACAAUCCACUCGUGCAUGGGCCGCGUACAAGGUCCAGCAAGCCGCAACCAAGCGCGCUCGUGGCGCGAUGGAGUAUAACCUACGUCGCUCCCUUGCCCUCAAGGCCGAGGAACUCGCCCAGGUGAAACUCGAGCGCGAUAGCGUCAAACGGGAGAACGCGAACCUGCGCACCGUCAAUCACAACAAACGCACGCUCAUCGUGCAGAUCCAACACACCGCCAAUACCGAGCAUGCGGGCCGCGUUCAGGCUGAGAACGAGGCCAGAAACCUACGAAGUCAGCUCGAGCGCCAAGGCGCCGAACUCGAGCAUUCUCAUGCUACGGUCCGGACUCUCCAGCACAAGAUUGUCAACCUGACGGAAGAGGCAGAGGCGCGCGAGGUCGUUCAUCAGGCCGAGCGCACGGGCGACGCAGCUCUCUACGAACUCCAACAAGCCGAACUCGUCGACACCCAGGACAAGCUACGCGCUUCCGACGCGGAGGUCGAGCACUUCAAGGCCGUCGCGGAGGACGCUCAACAAUCUGCACGUGACGCGACAACACGCGCCGCUAACUCCAAGGAGCAGCUGCGCGUUGUCGCGGCUGGCGCCGCCGACCUGUCCUCGAGAGCCGAGAAGGCUGAGGUGGGUGAGCGCGAGGCGAAGCUUACGAUCUCAGCGCUCAAGGAGGACGUACAGGCCGGCUGUGAGCGCGAGGGCAUCCUUAAGGGCGAGAUCGUUCAUCUCAAGUCUGAGGUCCGAGGACUUCGCGCCAAGGUCGCCACCAAGGAGGGCACUAUCAUCCAGAUCCAGUCCGACCACGCCGAGUACCAGACGUGUGUCGAGAGCAUGGUGAACUCCUACGAGACCGUGCACGAGUGCUUCCAAGCGAAGAUUGCGACGCAGGACGGGGCGAACCAGGAGCUUCAACGAGAGAACGACGCGAUGCGCGCUCACUACCAGGGGACUCCGGUUGAUGGGCAGACUGACAAGUCUCCUUUGAUACCCCCCUUCGCAUUCGUGUCUCUCGCCGAGUCCGACGAGGACUCCGAUACUCCUUCGCUCACGUUCUGUGAUUCACCGGUUGCUGCUCUCGAUUCUAUCGAUGACGGCCCGAAGAACUUCGCAGACACUUUCGUCCCCACCCAGCACUCUACGCCAGCCUCGGCGCGCCUGUACACGCUCACGACUUCGACUUCCGCCGAGAUCGUCACUUCCGAUGCCGGCACCGCUCUCAUCGUGACUUCGUCUUCUACGCUCUCCAUGGCCGCUCAUAUCGUGCCUACGCGCCGCUUGACGCCCAAGCGCCCUCGCUCGUCGCAGCGCUCUCGCUCUACGACCUCCGGUUUCCUCGAGAAGCUCGAGUUCCGCUCAAUGGAGCUCUCUCUCUGCCCGGCUCUCACGCAGAAGACUUCGGCCGUGCGUCCGUGCGACGCACCCGACCUCUUCUCGCCGACCUACCGUCGCUACGUUACGCGCCGUCCGAAGACAGCGCGCGCUCGUUUCGUCGAGUUCCUCCGUGCAUGCCCCGAGGAGCGUCACCUCUACCGACCGGUUCUGUGA